AUGAUCGACUCCAACGGCAUUCGGCCUCUUCCCUUAAAGGUGGCUGCCAUUCGGUUCUUCAUACUCCCUACCUCGAAGCGUCAGCUGCAACGGUUUCUCGGUAUGGUGAACUUUUGUCGUCGAUUUCUCCCGAAAUGUGCCGACACCAUCCUCUUACUGACCAGUAUCCUCGCAGGUUCUAAGCGCACCUGUGAACUGAUUCCAGAAGCACUCACGUCAUUUGAGCAGGUAAAAGCCCUCAUGGCUGAUGCCACCCUCCUGACUCAUUUUCAUGCUGAUGCACCCAUAGCUCUGAUGAUCGAUGCAUCCAAUGUUCCUGUUGGAGCGGUUCUCCAGCAAUGUCUGUCAGACUAUACCAUGCUUUUGGCUUUUUUUCCAGGAAAUUAUCCAGGGCCGAAGCCCGCUACAGCACAUUCAGACAGUCCGACUUCCUGGCAAGAUGGUCUCGCCAAAUCCUUUUAUCGCGGUCAAGGAUCCCACCAACCUCCUGCACCGCCUCCGGCAGUUUAUGCGGACACUUUCUGCGGUUCCGCCCACCUCCUCUGCCUCUCCGUCUUAUUUCGAGGAGGACUCUGCGACGUGCUCUCACGUCUAUCUUCGAUGUAA